UGCUUUGACACAGAUCUCUCUUUGUCAUUCGUAGCCAUGGCGUUCCUCUUCCCAAAGUCAAAAGCACCGACAUCGCCAGCUGCAGGAAGCUCUAUGCCAGCACCAGCAGCUGAGCAGUCCCUUAGGGCUGCCCCAAGGGCGAAAAUCGAGGAAUUGCCGGCGGAGGUGCAGCAGAAGUGGAAAGAAGGGCUGUCGUUUGGGGUAAAGAAGAUGAAGGCGCUGAAAGAAGGGCAGCUUGAGGAGAAAAUGCAUCCGCCAGAGACGAUUGAUGAGAUCGUUCGGUGUAUCGAAGAUCGAACAGACUGCCAUUGGUUGGAGCGCUUCGAUGUGCAGCAUGCGCGAGUGCGGGUGAGGUUUGAGAAGGAGGGAGACACCGCUCCAAGAGCUCCAGAGUUGGAGGAGUACCGGUCCUUUCUCGAGAAGGCCAAAAACGGCCUGGCAACCAAGGCCCAGGAGGGUGCCCAUUUCCGCAAGACAUGGCAAGAUUCCAUUCUCCAGUUGCGCGGGGUCUUCUUGGAGGGGGCAAGGCUGGAGGGUUCGGUGUUGUGGGGCGCCGAUUUGUCAGGCGCCAAGCUUCAGGGAUCGAAUCUCAUGCAUGCAAAGCUGCAGGGCGCCGACCUCUCAGUCGCAUGCCUCCAGGGCGCCGAUCUGCAAUCUGCGCAGCUUCAGGGCGCCGAGCUGUGCAGGGCUCAGCUGUCGGGCGCCCAUCUCCGGUUUGCGCAGCUUCAGGGCGCCAUGUUGCAAGACGCCGGGCUGCAGGGGGCCAAUCUGCGAGAUGCGCAGCUCCAGGGCGCGGACCUCACUUUGGCAGAUCUCAGCAGGGCGAACCUGGGCUCUGCGGACCUCAGCGGGGCGAAGCUGAUCGGCGCCAAGUUGGUUGGGGUGGAUCUGGCGGGGGUGAACUGGGAGAUCGGCAAGGCCCCCGCUUGCAAAGACAUCAAGUGCGAGCCGCUGGCUGAACCAGUCUUUGCCAAGAAGCCACUCGCCCCGAACGGCGCCCUGGGCGCCUUCUUCCACAAACUGCUCGGCGCAUUUCUUCCAUGGGGAGAAGAUGAGGCUGAAGAUUCCGAUGCCGAUGAAAAUGACGGGAAAGAUGAAUCAAGUGACGACGAUGAGCGAGAAUAUUUUCACAAAGAUCAAGGCAAAGACACUGAGGAUGAUGAAGACAAGGGUGCGAAUUGUCCGCUCCUCUCCAGUUGUAUGGGCCAGUCUGAGGAGGGCGUUCGGGAAAUUGCGCUCACUAUGACACAGGCUGCCGCAGAGGAAGCAGGCAAGAAGCUGGCUUACGUGGUUAACAUGGCAGAAGCACGUGUGAAGGAAACUUUGAAGCAGGUGAAUGCCGCCAUGAAACCACAGGUGCAAACUUUGAGCAAGAUCUUAUCCAGCGCCAAGUUCAGGAAGGCCUUUUGUGGCUUGGAGUCAAGAGAGCAAGAUGACCUCAUUCGCGCUGUGAGCAAAUUGGCGAAGACAACGAAUGGCAAGAAGUUUGUAGAAGGAAUAAAGAAAUUUGAGGAUCAGCUCAAGCAAUUUGAAUGCGAAGGGAUGUUGCCGUUUAUUACUAAACUUACCGACUCUCACUUGCAAGCUGCCACCGGCUAUUCAUCAGGUGAGCUAUUGGCCUUUCUCAAGGUGUCGCCUGCACAAAUGGCUUCGGAUAUGAACGAGUUGGAGGAUAUAGCAGGUUAUAUAGACAAGCUGCAGGAGACGGUAAACAUCAACAACUGGGACGAUAUAAUUGAUAAUUUCCUUUGCAUGUACGAGCUUCGGUUGCGGCUCAAGGGCGAGCGGAGUCGUAAGGUGUUCUCAGACAUUUGGAAAGACAGAAGGCUGCGACAAUGUGUUGGGGUAGGCCACCUUUUCCAGGAAGUCAGGAAUCCCAACGAUCCACCUCCUUUCGUCCUCCAUGAGGUGAAAGAUGCAGUGCAGGUGGUGAAGAAAGGUGCCGUCGCUUGGAAAUUGGCCAUGAAGAAGGAGAUGGCAGUCAUCGAUCUCAUGAAGUCAAGACAACAAGCGUACUUUCAAUUCAUGAUCUCUUGCAUCUCAGGGCUCUUUGUCUUCUUGGCGACCUUCUUCUCUGGCCUUCUACUGGAUGCAGCCAAAACUGGCCGUGUGCAUAUCCCAUACUUUUCCAAUUUUUUGGUCGCCUUCAAUACUACGGGCGAGCUAUGAACAGCAAUCGACCGACUACCGAAGGUAGCUUGAGUUGCAAAAGGUUGGGCCCAAUAAGGGUUCAACUGCGUGAUUUCCCUGAUAAUCCGAAUGGAUCAUUUUAUGUUCUCGAAUAAUUAA